AUGAAAAGUAAUAAUAAUUAUUAUUUAUUACCCAGUAAUAGUAAUGUAGCAGCCCGAACAUAUUCAGAAAAAGAGCAUUAUAAUAAAUCACGUUCACUAGAUCUUAGCGCCGAUUUCGAUUCGAUUUCAAACAAACCGCCAUCACCGAGUUCCAAUGUGGGUGGAGAAGAACAACAUCAGGCGAUAUCAAACAGAGAUGAAGCACCGGACACAACAACAUCAACGAUCACCACCGUGCUCAUCGAAUGGGCUACAAGACUUGGAUUUAAAACACCAUCUCCCAGUCGAACGGCAACCGCGAAACGAAAAAGCCGUGAGUCUCUCUCUCCCUCCGAUUUAAACCGUUCAUCCGACAUCCGACAUAUUGUUAAACACGUGGCAGAAGAAGGAAGUCCGUCAACUGAUCGCUCAAAGAGUAGCUCUUCACCACACACAUUGACAACCGAUCUACCACCACACACAUUGAGAACCGAUCUACCACCACACACAGUGACAACCGAUCUACCACCGCACACAUUGACAACCGAUCUACCGCCACACACAUUGACAACCGAUCUACUACCACGCACAAUGUUGUCGCUUUUAGAGAUGAAAC